AUAAUGGAUUGCGCGCGAAGUGUGGCCCUGCCAAGGCAAAGGCAAUUCCCAGCAGACCGGACACCAUCGCAUCUUGAGCAGCGAGGUGGAAGGUCGACGAAGGAAACAGCCUUAGGAGUCGGGCUGGAGAGCAUGAAGUGGUCGUGGUUGAGUGGCGCGGGUGUCCAUGGGCAUGGUAUGGGUCGGCGGCACUCCAUUCGAAGCGCCUCCGAGCCCGUCGAUUGUGCUCAGUGUCGCCGCACCGCAUGUCCUGCGGGCGGUACACAGCGCACUACGCCCCGUAUUCCCUCCCGGACAAAGGAGGGCAACGAGGAUAAAAACGCACGCCAGCCGCACGAAGCGGCAGACGAUGUUUACUGGUUUCACUAUGCGACCGCGAGUGGCACACCCACGGCACGCACGGGGGACAGGAGGAGUUGAUGUUCCGUCGUCGGCGAGCUCUUCCCCUGUCGAUUGUCGCGCUCGCCUAGGUGGGACCUUGUCCAGGAGGUUUAGGAGCAUCUCCUUGAAGUCUCCGCCGCGCAUGCCCCGUCCAAACUCCAGCUCCGACUUCGUGUCUAGGUCCAUCUCGCUGGGGGCCAGCGUCGCAUCUGAGCCAGCGUCGCUCAGCAUGCUGGCACUGUCAGAGACAGUGCCCUCGUGCUUCGCGACGCCGGCGUCGGCGUCGGCGGAAGCAAUCGUCAGAUCGCACAGGCGGUCGGUGAGUUCGUUGACCUCGCGUGCGAGAAAGCGUGCGUAUCGCCGGUUCUUCAGCGGCGGGGGUGAUGGGUGGGUAGUAGACCGAGCCGUCGACAGCCGCGGGACGAGGUUGGCGUGCGAGAGGAUCGGCUUUCGCUGAGUGCGCUGCGUCGUAUAGGGGUGAGGGGGUUCCGACGAGUGGUGUUGGUCACGGCCUUGAGGGGGAUUGAGAGCGGGAGGACUUCGAUGGGCUGAGAUAUGCGUAAUCUUAGAGGUGACGGUCGCGACGCGCGAAAGGGGGCGACGCGGUGGCGUUCUGGGCUCCU